GAACUGUUCUGGGCAUGAAUCACACCCUUUUCAAAUCUCUCUUGUUUACUGAAGGGAAAUUGGGUAACUGUUUUCUGAGUGGUCUCAAAUUGAUGAAAACAGAGACAUGGGAAGACUUUUCUUGAUCAAUCUUGAAGGAAACUUCUAUAGAUGCAAGCACUGCGAAACGCAUUUUGCUCUUGUUGAUGAUACACGUGAAUUUGAUUUCUCAAUUGCUGAAAAUAGUCAAAAUACAAUGACAAUAAUUUUGUCUUUCCAUUGCAGGCAUGGGAAGGCUUAUCUUUUUGAUAAAGUUGUGAAUAUCACCGUUGGCGAGAAAGAAGAACGGAUGAUGAUCACAGGAUUGCACACUGUGGUUGACAUAUUCUGUGUUGCAUGCGGUUCCAUUGUUGGAUGGAAAUAUGAGGCUGCUUAUGAGACGACUGAGAAGUACAAAGAAGGAAAGUUUAUCCUUGAAAGGUUUAAGGUGUUGGGACCUGAUGGCAGCCUCUACUUGACAGCUCAAGAAGCUCAUGUUGCUGAAAGUGAUGCUGAUGAUGUUUGAUGUUCUCAUUUCAGGAUCAUCUAUUUCUUAAUUGUACAUUCUUUACACUUCCUGUAGUGAAAAUCUGCUUCUAUUAGCUAUUAGAAUUGGUAUAUAACUAUAUAUGCAAUACCCCUCAUCAAAGAACUUCUAGAAACAAGUCCUGAUUUCAAUUCGGAUUCAACAUUUGUUAUUGCAUCUGUCUCAUCUUCAUGUCUGUUAAACUAAGCGAUAGAUCUAUGUUCCCAAGCUCCUUAUAUCAUGUAAUUCACUUUGGUUGGGUAAGAGAAGGUUAAGUAGUUAACAAUGGGACAAUGAAGAGCUAGAAAAACAAGUCAGCAUUUUGGACUUGGAACUAGCGUACUGGUUAUAUAUAUAUGAUUUGACCACCCAAGUUCGUUCACCUGUGCAGGUACUGAGUAGAUUGGAUGAGAAAUGUUGGAAUCCAUUAGAACUGAGAAGCAGUU